AUGUCGAACCCUCUCGUAGUCGACAUCCACACUCAUGUCUAUCCCCCCGCAUACAUCGAGAUGCUCCGUGCCCGCAAAAAGGUGCCCUAUAUCCACGAUCCCUCCGACGGUGGACCUCCGCGACUCAUCAUCCUUGCAUCGGACGAUGACUCCAGCAUCCCCGUCGACGAGCGCGGUCGGCCCGUCGACUCAUCCUACUCCGACAUCAAGGUCAAGCUCGACUUUAUGCAAAAGCACGGCAUCGACUGCAGCGUCAUCUCCCUCGCCAACCCCUGGCUCGAUUUCGUCGGGGAAGAGCAAGCCUCGGAAUGGGCGCAGAAGAUCAACGAUGAUCUAGACUCGACCUGCACGCAGGUCAAUACCACCGUCUCUCAGACUCAAUCCGCCAGACUCCCUCGUCUUUUCGCUUUUGGCACACUUCCCCUCGGCGCACCUGGCCCCGAGGCUAUCGCCGAUGAACUGCACCGCAUCAAGACCCUGCGCCACAUGCGCGGCGUGAUCAUGGGCACGACGGGACGCGGCCAUGGAUUAGAUGAUCCCGGACUGGAUCCUGUGUGGAAGGCAUUGGAGGAUACCCAGUUGAUGCUCUUCUUGCAUCCACACUACGGUCUACCGGACGAGGCUUUCGGGGGACCCGAAGUGGUGCGACGUUAUGGACAUGUCCUCCCUCUGGCAUUGGGGUUCCCGCUCGAGACCACCAUUGCGGUGACGCGCAUGUACUUGAGUGGUGUUUUUGAUCGUUUCCCCAAGCUUCAGAUCUUGUUGGCGCAUUCGGGUGGGACGCUUCCUUUUUUGGCGGGGAGAAUCGAGAGCUGUAUCGCUCAUGAGCGGACCUUCAAGGUCAAUGGGGGCACUGUUCAGGGGCCGCAGCGAGGGAUCUGGGAUGUUUUGAAGACAAAUAUCUAUCUGGAUGCCGUCGUGUACGGGACUGCGGGGAUGAAAGCCGCAGUCGAGGCGAGUGGAGGGACCACCGAUCGCCUGCUUUUUGGCACCGAUCAUCCAUUUUUCCCUCCCCUCAGUGACGAAGACGAGCAGUGGACCAGUGUCGUGACCAACUAUAAGGCGAUCAACAAGACAUUCGAAAAUGAUGGAGAUGCCGUGGCAGGAGUACUGGGAGGAAAUGCAAUCCGGAUUUUGAAUUUGAAGUAA